GGCAUAAACCCUAUUUACCCUUUUAUCGUCGCCGAUUUCAGAUUUCUACACACUUCUUGUGGAUUUCGUUCAUUCAUCGUCGUACGAUGAGUUCUGCUUGCAAGAGAUUACUCGGCAAGAGAUUGGUCUCUUCUCUCGGAUCUUCCCGCCCUAAAUCACCGACAGUCGGAGCCGGCAAUCGAUUGAUGCCCGCCGCCGCCGCCUCUCCUCUUCGCCGAUUCUCCUUAUCCAGGUGCCCAUCUGAGCUGGGAUGUGUCCAGUCGCUGUUACCGCUCCACAGUGCCGUGGCGGCCGCUUGCCUGACGUCGUGUCUCAGCACGACCUCUAGGAGCUGUCGGGCUCUCUCUCAGGGCACAUAAUUUCACCUCGGUAUUUAUUUACCAUGUGGGAUCCUUCAGAGUGUAUGAGCGUAGUAGUAAUAAUAUGCAAAAUGCUGUCCUUGUCCCAGAUGGAGCCGAUGGCACGUGAGAGAGACGCAUUCGCAGCCAUUAGAGGGGUGGGCUCUUUUCAGCAAAUGCUCUUAUGGAAUGGCACAUCAUAUCAUUAUUUAGGAAGCUGUUUUAGAUGGGAUUUCCCCUUCUCCGACUUGUGGUGAUGCUUUUGUGUUCAUAUGGUGUACAAUAGAAACCCUGCCUUACGCUAUAUAUG